AUGAAAGAGUUCCAUGAAAGAGUACUUGACCUCUGGAUCAAGUGGACGGAUAGCAGAGAGGCACUGAACAGGGCGAUGUCGGACGAGUGGUGCACCAUCGAGAGCGAUCCUGGCGUGUUCACCCAGCUCUGCGAGGAGAUUGGUGUGAAGGGCAUUCAGUUCGAGGAGAUCUACAGCCUCGGACCAGAAGCCUUCGAAGCUCUGGACGUGGAAAAGAUCUAUGGCCUGAUCUUCUUAUUCAAGUGGCAGCGCGAGGCGGAUCCCCGGCCUACGGUGGACGCAUCUGAGCACGGCAUUUUCUUUGCGCAGCAGGUGAUCCACAACGCGUGCGCCACGCAAGCAAUCCUGUCAGCCCUGAUGAAUGCGGAUCUGGAUCUGGGGCCAGUCCUGAAGGAGUUCAAGGAUUUCACGCUGGGGCUUGACCCUCAGAUGAAGGGCCUGGCCAUCAGCAACAGCGAGGCCAUCCGGAAGGCCCACAACUCCUUCCGGCAGCAAACAUCGUUUGAGAUUGUCCACGACAAGGAGGAGAAGGGCGAAGCCUUUCACUUUGUGUGCUACAUAUGCCACAACCAGAAGAUCUACGAGCUGGAUGGUCUGAAAGCUGGGCCAGUGUUCAUCGGCGAUGCAGACGGGCCGCUUUGGGCAGAGAAGGCGCGCGAAGAAAUUCAGAGAAGGAUUGAGGCAUACUCGAAGACUGCAUCAGCUGGGAACGAGUCUGUGGAGCUCCGCUUCAAUUUGAUGGCCAUUGUGGCCAACCGUCUGCAUGAGGCAGAGCAGGAGAUCCUCCGGGCCAGGUUCCUGCGGCACCGGGCGCACAUCUCCCUGGUGUCCCACGAGCAGGAGGUGGAGCUGCUUGACGAACUGGACGACGAUGAUGCUCCAGAAGACGUCCCCAGCUUUGAAGACCUCUACGCAAAGCAGGUGCCCGAGAUCAAAGGGAUUGUGGAGGACUGCACCAAGAAGAUCGCGGAGCUCAGCGCUGUGGUGGAGGCGGAAAAGAAGAAGCGCGAGAAGUGGAUGAAGGAGAACAGCCUGCGGCGUGCGGAUCUGGUGCCGCUGGCGCUCUGCGCGCUCCGGCACCUGGCUCGCAAGG